AUGAAAGUUACAGUUUUCGUAAAACAAUAUGAAAAAGCAUUAAAUGAUGCGGCAAAUGCAAUGAUUGAAACGUUAAAUGUUAUAAAUACGCCCGAAUUUGAAACAAUGGAAGGUUGGAAGUUGAAAAAUGAAAAUAAAGUGGAUAAAAUAUAUGCAAAAAGAUUUGCAAUAGGCAAAAUUUUUACACUUCGGACUACUUUGGAUAUACCACGUGAAAAGCUUUUCGUCGAGCACUGGAAUAAUUUCGAAGAAGCAGCGUAUAGGAAUAAAAACACAUCAUUAGCUGAAAAAAUUGUUAUCCUUACGCCUCACGUCGAAAUUAUUCACUAUGCAAUGAAGGAUUCCGGUUUGAUGAAGGGUCGAGAUUUCGUGACUACACGCAUCUAUCGAUAUAUUAAUGGUGAUAUCAUUGAAGCAGCCCGAAGUUAUGAUACUGAUGAAGUGAAACGAUAUAAGACGAAAACGAGAGGUAAUUUACUUCUUGGCAGUGGUCGUUUCCGAAUUCAUCCAGAAGAUCCACAAAAAACGAUCGUUGAUUACAUCAUCUGUUUGGAUUUCAACGGUCCCAAUCUAACAAAACCCGCGGCCGAAUCUAUCUUAUCGAAAUUCAUACUUCAGGAUGCUGAACAUGCGCGUGAAGCAGUCGAGGAAUUGAAAAAUCAUAUUUGCGUUAAUAGAUAA